AUGGAUAGCAAGAUAUGGAAAGCUAUCAUCAAGAGCUGGGAACAUCCUGUCGUGAAUGACAAAGAUGGGAAGGCUACUACUGAUCUGAAGCCUGAAGAGGGAUGGUCUAAGGAAGAAGAUGUACUAACUCUUAGAAACUCCAAAGCUUUAAAUUCUCUAUUCAAUGGUGUAGACAAAAAAAUAUUCAGGUUGAUAAACACUUGUACUAUAGCUAAAGAUGCUUCGGAGAUCCUCAAAACUACUCAUAAAGGCACAUCUAAAGUGAAGAUGUCUAGACUUCAUCUCCUCACUACCAGAUUUGAGAAUCUAAAGAUUAAAGAUGAUGAGAAUAUUCAUGAGUUUCACAUGAUUAUUCUUGAAAUAGCUAAUUCAUCUAGUGCCUUGGGAGAAAAAAUGUCAGAAGAAAAAUUGGUUAGAAAAAUUAUCAGGUCCCUACCUAAGAAAUUUGAUAUAAAGGUCACAACCAUUGAAGAAGCUCAAGACAUCAACACCAUGAGAGUAGAUGAACUUAUUGGGUCUCUCCAAACCUUUGAAUUGGUCAAACAAAUGGGUGAUACUAUCUUUAUCUCUCAAAGCAAGUAUGCUAAGAGUAUAGUAAAGAAGCCUGGAAUGGAAAAUGCUAGUCAUAAAAGAACACCUGCACCAACCCACUUGAAAUUGACAAAAGAUGAAAAAGCUAGCAGGCCUGACAUUACAUUUGUUGUAGGAGUUUGUGCAAGGUAUAAGUAUGAACCCAAAAUGAGUCAUAUUACUCAAGAUACCGAGAUGCAGACUGGUCAUGCAGUGCUGAUGAUAGAAAGAGAAUCUCUAGAGGAUGUUUCUUCUUGA